AUGUCGAGCCACACCCGCCCAAAACUCACCGCCGGCGAGAUCUCCAGCCUGCUCGGCAUCCUCCCCGCCGUCGCCGGCACCAUCCUGUCCUUCUUCCUCUCCAACUCGUGGCGACAAUGGAGGCAGGGCAUCCUGUGCGCCAGGUCCCUUAGGCGCAACGCCGCCGCCAGCUUCGGCACCGCCAUCAGCCUGCUGAAGCCCCGGCAGCUCCGGGUCUUCGUGUCCAACACCACCGGCAAGACCGUCGCCGACUACUGUGCCGCCAAUGACCUGACCCACCAGCCCGUACUGGUCGAGAACACAGAUGGCUUCCCACCGGCCAUGCUGCACUUCAUCGACUGCAAGCUGGCGCAGAAGGGUCCCAUCUUGCUGUACUUCCACGGCGGCGGCUUCAUCGUUCCCCUCCACUCGCCCGCCUUCGCCGUCUCGUCCGCCCGCAUCGCGCGCGCCUCGCCCGUGCUCCUCGAGUACACGCUGGUGCCCGAGUGCGAGUACCCGGGCCAGCUGGCCCAGGCCGUCGCGGCCCUCCGCCUGAUCCUGCAGCACCGCAGCCCGGCCGACAUCAUCAUCGGCGGCGAGUCGGCCGGCGGCAACAUGGCCCUCGCCGUGCUCGCCCACCUGCAGCAGCCCAAGCCCGGCAUCACCCCGCUGGCCCUGCCGCCCGCGCCCAACAACAAGUUCAGGGGCGCCGUCGCCAUCUCGCCGCGCACCGCCAACCUCGCCACCGCCGACAGCUUCCGCACCAACUCGGGCAAGGACUUCAUGAGCGAGCACAGCCUCACCGCCAUCACCGCCAGCUGGAAGCCCGAGGCCGACGUCUGGGCCGCCCCCGUGCUAGCGUCGAAGGGGUUCUGGAACGGCUUCAGGGCCGAGAAGCUGCUGCUGGUCGUCGGCGCAGACGAGGUCUACCGCGACGACGUCUGCCACACGGCCAGGAUGAUGGGCGCCCGGGAGGUCGGGGUCGGCUCACUCGACGCCAAGACAAAGGCCCCGAAGGGCGGCGGCGGCCCGGACGCGCAGCUCAUCAUCUGCCCGAACGAGAUGCACUGCCAGGCAAGCCUGGACAUGUCGGUCGGCAUCAGGGACGGCUACAUGACGAGAGGGGUGGCCGGCUGGCUGGCGAGGUGUUGA